GAUUUCACAAAAAAGCCCUGCAGUUUGAACGAAGCCUUUGAUUUCAUAGUUUUGUUUCCAUUCUCGUACUUGGAAAAGUAAAAGAUGUAACUCACCAAUACUUGACUGUCUUUUUUGUCCAAUCUAAAUGUAAAAACUCACAAGAUCAUUUUUUCUCAUCUUGUGGCAGUUUUGUCUCGCGAGAUCUUGUCCCGUCGCGAGAGUUUUACGAUGUGUUUUCAUGUUUGAACAGUUUGAGUAAUGAGCGUUUUGUGCAGGAGAUUCACGGCGCUCAGACAGUACAGCGACGAACUCAACGGGGUGAUCUCGCAGCUGCUCAGAGUGCGAGCUAGAGUCGCAGACAGACUGUACGGCGUCUACAAGGUCCACGGGAAUUACGGACGUGUUUUCAGUGAGUGGAGCGCCAUAGAGAAGGAGAUGGGAGACGGUCUGCAGAGCGCGGGACACCACAUGGACACAUACGCCGCCUCCAUAGAUGAUAUUUUAGAGGAGGAGGAGCACUACGCAGACCAGCUCAAAGAGUAUUUGUACUACACCGACGCUGUGAGGUGAGUGUGUGUCUGGACUAGGGACGGGCAUUCAAUGACAUUUUUU